CAGCUGAAAGGGUGGACGCUUUCAGGAAUCACUUCUGGUGAUAGAAGCCUAACCAGCUGUCCGGAAGAAAAGAUCCGCCCAUUCCUGUGGUGCAUGUAUUCCUCUCAUGGCUGACUUCAGGCUACCUCUUGACCACAUACUGUCCCCACCACCCAUGCCAUGUCGGAAGUGCAGCAACCCGGACCUGGCUUCGGGCCCUGGAAAGUCCCUGAAGUUCAAAAGCCAGCUGAGCGAGGAUGGACGACAGCUGCGGCGGGGGAGCCUGGGAGGUGCGCUGACAGGAAGGUACCUCCUUCCUAACCCCACCGCAGGACAGACCUGGUCAGCAUCUGCGGAGACGUCCAACCUCGUGCGCAUGCGCAGCCAGGCCUUGGGCCAGUCGGCGCCCUCGCUCACGGCCAGUCUGAAGGAGCUAAGUCUUCCCAGGAGAGGAAGUUUUCUCACUCCACGGAGCCUGAGUCCAACCCCAUCCAGCCCAGGCAGUCCCUGUAGUCCUCUCUUCGCUUUUCACUUCUGGAGUUGCCGAACAAGCAACCGGAAAAGCUUAAUAGGCAAUGGGCAGUCAACAGCAUUGCCCCGACCACACUCACCUCUCUCGGCUCAUGCAGGUGAUUACGUAGAUUCAUUUGUAAGAGGAUUUUUGGAAGAAAAGAUGGAAAGAAGUAUCAAUUUCCUAUUGGACACCUCUGGAAAUUACUCAAGACAGGAAAUGCCUUUAAAAAGUUCACAUAACCUAGUAGGCAAUAGCCCUCAAGAUAGCCCAAGAAAUUUCUCCCCCAGUGCCUCAGCCCAUUUUUCAUUUGCACGGAGAACUGAUGGACGCCGCUGGUCCCUGGCUUCUCUCCCCUCCUCUGGCUAUGGGACAAACACGCCCAGCUCCACCGUCUCUUCAUCCUGUUCCUCCCAGGAGAAGUUGCACCAGUUACCAUACCAACCAACGCCAGAUGAAUUACACUUCUUAUCGAAACAUUUUUGUACUACCGAAAGCAUCGCCACGGAGAACAGAUGCAGGAACACCCCUAUGCGCCCCCGUUCCCGAAGUCUGAGCCCUGGACGUUCUCCCGCCUGCUGUGACCAUGAAAUAAUUAUGAUGAACCAUGUCUACAAAGAAAGGUUCCCAAAGGCCACCGCGCAGAUGGAAGACCGUCUGACGGACAUCAUCACCAGCUACUCCCCUGACCACGUGCUCCCCCUGGCAGAUGGGGUGCUCAGUUUCACUCACCACCAGAUUAUUGAGCUGGCUCGAGAUUGCUUGGAUAAAUCCCACCAGGGCCUCAUCACCUCACGAUACUUCCUUGAAUUGCAGCACAAAUUAGAUAAGUUGCUACAGGAGGCUCAUGAACGUUCAGAAAGUAGUGAACUGGCUUUUAUCAAACAACUAGUCCGAAAGAUCCUGAUUGUUAUCGCCCGCCCCGCUCGGUUACUGGAGUGCCUGGAAUUUGAUCCUGAAGAAUUUUACUACCUACUGGAAGCAGCAGAGGGCCAUGCAAAAGAAGGACAGGGUAUUAAAACGGACAUUCCCAGGUACAUCAUUAGCCAGCUGGGACUCAACAAGGACCCUCUGGAAGAAAUGGCUCAGUUGGGAAACUAUAAUAGCGGGACAGCAGAAACACCAGAAACAGAUGAAUCAGUGAGUAGCUCAAAUGCUUCCCUGAAACUUCGAAGGAAACCUCGGGAAAGUGAUUUUGAAACAAUUAAGUUGAUUAGCAAUGGAGCCUAUGGGGCAGUCUACUUUGUCCGGCAUAAGGAGUCCCGGCAGCGCUUCGCCAUGAAGAAGAUCAAUAAACAGAACCUCCUUCUCCGGAACCAGGUCCAGCAGGCCUUCGUGGAGCGGGACAUCCUGACGUUUGCGGAGAACCCCUUUGUGGUCAGCAUGUACUGCUCCUUUGAAACGAGGCGCCACUUGUGCAUGGUCAUGGAAUAUGUGGAAGGGGGUGACUGUGCUACCUUAAUGAAGAACAUGGGUCCUCUCCCUGUCGAUAUGGCCCGGAUGUACUUUGCUGAGACGGUCCUGGCCUUGGAAUAUCUGCACAAUUAUGGAAUUGUCCACCGGGAUUUGAAGCCAGACAACUUGUUGGUCACCUCCAUGGGGCACAUCAAGCUGACAGAUUUUGGAUUAUCCAAGGUGGGACUGAUGAGCAUGACUACCAAUCUUUAUGAGGGUCAUAUUGAGAAGGAUGCUCGCGAGUUCCUAGACAAACAGGUCUGCGGCACACCUGAAUACAUUGCCCCAGAAGUGAUUCUGAGGCAGGGCUAUGGGAAGCCUGUGGACUGGUGGGCCAUGGGCAUUAUCCUCUAUGAAUUUCUGGUUGGAUGCGUGCCAUUCUUUGGGGACACUCCAGAAGAGCUAUUUGGACAAGUCAUCAGUGAUGAGAUCAACUGGCCCGAGAAGGAUGAGGCACCACCGCCAGAUGCCCAAGAUCUGAUCACCUUGCUGCUCAGGCAGAACCCCCUGGAGAGACUGGGAACAGGUGGCGCAUAUGAGGUCAAACAACAUCGCUUCUUCCGAUCCUUAGACUGGAACAGUUUGCUGAGACAGAAGGCGGAAUUUAUUCCCCAACUGGAAUCCGAAGAUGACACGAGUUAUUUUGAUACUCGGUCAGAGAAGUAUCACCACAUGGAGACGGAGGAAGAAGACGACACGAAUGAUGAAGACUUCAACGUGGAAAUAAGGCAGUUUUCCUCGUGUUCACAUAGGUUCUCAAAAGUUUUCAGCAGCAUAGAUCGAAUAACUCAGAAUGCAGGAGAAGAGAAGGAAGACCCUGGGGACAAAACCAAAAGCACCACUUUGCCAUCCACGGAAACGUUAAGCUGGAGUUCGGAAUAUUCUGAAAUGCAACAGUUAUCCACAUCCACCUCUUCAGAUACUGAAAGCAACAGACACAAGCUCAGUUCUGGCCUGCUUCCCAAACUGGCUAUUUCAGCCGAGGCAGAACCAGAUGAGGCCGCUCCCCGCCCCGGCGACCUCCGCGAGGAGCCAGAGAAGCCAGUCCUUCCUCCUGCCGAGUGUGCUCAGGAGGAGCCUGAGGUCACCACCCCAGCCAGCACCAUCAGCAGCUCCACCCUGUCAGUUGGCAGUUUUUCAGAGCACUUGGAUCAGAUAAAUGGACGAAGCGAGUGUGUGGACAAUACAGAUAAUCCCUCCAAGCCACCCAGUGAACCCGCUUCUCACAUGGCUCGGCAGCGCUUAGAAAGCACAGAAAAAAAGAAAAUCGCGGGGAAAGUCACCAAGUCCCUUUCCGCCAGUGCUCUGUCCCUCAUGAUCCCAGGAGAUAUGUUUGCCGUUUCCCCACUGGGGAGUCCAAUGUCUCCCCACUCCCUGUCCUCGGACCCUUCUUCUUCACGGGAUUCCUCUCCCAGCCGGGACUCGUCGGCAGCCUCUGCCAGUCCGCAUCAGCCCGUGGUCAUCCACAGUUCGGGGAAGAACUAUGGGUUCACCAUCCGAGCCAUCCGGGUGUACGUGGGCGACAGUGACGUCUAUACAGUGCACCACAUCGUUUGGAAUGUAGAAGAAGGAAGCCCAGCCUGCCAGGCGGGCCUGAAGGCCGGGGACCUGAUCACACACAUCAAUGGAGAGCCGGUGCAUGGACUCGUCCACACGGAAGUGAUAGAGCUCUUGCUGAAGAGUGGGAAUAAGGUAUCAAUCACUACGACCCCAUUUGAAAACACAUCAAUCAAAACGGGACCAGCCAGGAGAAACAGCUAUAAGAGCCGGAUGGUGAGGCGGAGCAAGAAAUCUAAGAAGAAAGAGAGUCUAGAACGGAGGAGAUCCCUUUUCAAAAAACUAGCGAAGCAGCCUUCUCCUCUACUCCACACCAGCCGAAGUUUCUCCUGCUUGAACCGAUCACUGUCUUCGGGGGAGAGCCUCCCGGGGUCCCCCACUCACAGCCUGUCUCCCCGAUCUCCCACGCCCAGCUACCGCUCCACCCCCGACUUCCCAUCUGGUACUAACUCCUCGCAGAGCAGCUCCCCAAGUUCUAGUGCCCCCAACUCCCCAGCAGGGUCAGGACACAUCCGGCCCAGCACGCUCCACGGUCUGGCCCCCAAACUCAGCGGACAGCGCUACCGGUCCGGAAGGCGUAAGUCCGCUGGCAACAUCCCGCUCUCCCCGCUGGCCCGGACCCCGUCUCCAACUCCACAGCCCACCUCCCCGCAGCGGUCCCCGUCCCCUCUGCUGGGACCCCCCCUGGGCAAUGCCAAGAUCGUGCAAGCCUUUCCCAGCAAAAUGCACUCCCCUCCCACCAUCGUCAGACACAUCGUGAGGCCCAAGAGCGCCGAGCCGCCGCGGUCCCCGCUGCUCAAGCGCGUGCAGUCUGAGGAGAAGCUCUCCCCGGCCUACGGCAGCGACAAGAAGCACCUGUGCUCCCGAAAGCACAGCCUGGAGGUGACCCAGGAGGAGGUGCAGCGGGAGCCCUCCCAGCGGGAAGUGACCCUGCAGAGCCUGGAGGAGACCGCGUGCGACACGCCUGCCCUCAGCCGGGCCAGGCCCGUGGAGCAGGGCUGCCUGAAGCGCCCCGCCUCCCGGAAGCUGGGCCGGCAGGAGUCCGUGGACGACCUGGACCGAGAGAAGCUGAAGGUCAAGGUGGUGGUGAAGAAACCAGACGGCUUCCCCGAGAAACCUGAACCCCAUCCGAAGUCUCACCCCCUCGGGAGUGACUCGGAAAACCACUCUGCGGUGAGGCUAGAGGAGCGGGAGAAGAAAAUGUACCCAAAGACGUUGGAAAGGUCCAGUCAUUUUGAGAACAAAGCAGCCGGGCAGGAGGCCCCGGCCCCGGGCGGCCUGCUGAAGGGUGCGCUCCACAAGCCGGCCAGCGCCUCGGCCGGGGCGGCAGCGGGCCGGGGCCAGGCCCCCGCGGACCACAGCCAGGGCACCUGCGAGGGCAAACCAGCCUCUGCACCCAGCACCCUUCAAGACAGCCCCUGUCCCUCCCCCGACAGGUCCGCCUCCGGGAGGGGGGACGCUGUGGAGAAGGCUCCCCAGGCCAAGGAGUGUCUCCGAUGUGAAAAGUUAGACAGCAAGCUGGCCAGCAUGGAUUACCUCCGCAAGAAAGUGUCCCUCGAAGACAAAGAUGACAACCUCUGUCUCGUGCUCAAGCCCAAGAUGACCUCCAGUGCCCAUGAGUGCCUGCCCGGGAACGCGGUCCGGCCCACGGGCGGGCAGCAGGAGGCGCCGGCCUCCGAGAGCCGGGUGUUCAGCAGCAGCGCCCAUGCAGCUCCGAUGGGCGGCGUGGUGUUCGUCCCUCUCAAGGCCUUGGCCGGCCGGGUGGACGGUGGGGCAGAGAAGCCGGGCCCGGUGGCUCCCGAGCCCCCUGCCCGGAAAAGCCCUUCUGAGUACAAGCUGGAAGGUAGGUCUGUGUCCUGCCUGAAGCCAAUCGAGGGCACGUUGGACAUUGCUCUCCUGUCUGGACCUCAGGCCUCCAAGAUUGAGCUGCCUUCCCCCGAACCCAUGCAGAGUCCCGGCCCUGGCCCAGGCAGUGCCCUGGGGCCCGGUGCGCCGCCCGCCCUUCCCAGCGAUGGGAGGAAGGGAGAUGCUGCUGGUCAGAGGGAGUCCUCCCCUGCUGGCUUCAAGGUGAACAAGUCCUACCUGCUCGAGCCUCGGUUCCUGCCACCCAGCCGGGGUCUCCAGAAUUCACCAUCGGCUCCCCAGCCUGACCCAGCGCUGAAGCAGGACAAGAACGUUUCCCAGGCCACCAGGAGCCCCGCGUCAGACAUGGAAAAUGAUCCCCAGCGGAGAGAGGGCGGGCCCAGCAAACGCCAAGAUCCCAGCUCCAACACGAAAUGCCUGCCCGCGCUGGGGCAGACCCUGCGUGGUGCCGACCCAUCCAGGGCACCGGGCCCGCCCCCACCCGAAGGUGUCCCCUCACGGGAGAAGCCGAGUGGGAGGGAACCGACAGAGAGGGGCCCUUCCACAGCCAGAACAGAGCCGCAGGCUGCAAGGGCCGCCGUCCGCAGAGAGCCCUCCAUGGAGCCGAGUCCUCCACAAGCUGCUAAAACCAGUGACAACAGAAAUCUCCCUUCUGUGGGAGGAGCCCGCUCAGAUGUCCACACACAGACCCUGGCCACGGAGAAAGCCCGGGGGCCUUGUGGGAAACCAAGCCACAGGGAUGGCCGAGAGGAGGUGAGGCCACUGGCCAGAGAGGACCCCUCUUUGCACCCCGUGGGGACGGGGACGCCUUGUGAGCGGGAGCUGGGCAAGGGAAGGAGCGGCCCGGAACCCACAUCACAAGCCCCUCCUGCCAGGCAGUCUCUGCAGCCUCCAGAAGGUGGGAAGAGUGACAAGCUCCGCAGUUUCCCUUCUUUGCAGAGAGACGAUCCAUGGGAACCAGAGAGGAAAGAACAGCUGCAGCAGUGGCUCAGCAGCGGCUCUCAGCCCCCACCCAUCGCCAAGGACCUGCCCAGCCCGGCUCGGCAGCCUUGUGGCGCACCCAGCCCCUCCUCAGGCAGAGAGCUGGGCAGCAAGCCCUGGGCUGCAGAGCCCAGCCUGGGCCUCCCAGACCCGCCCAGGCCCGCUGCUGUGCAUGGUGAAAGCAGCCACAAGCCCGGGCCUGCCCCUGACCCGAGCCCUGCAAAGUCCAAGCACCCAGACCGGCCCCUCGCCUCCCAGAGGCUGGGCAUGGGGGCUGCGGUGGCCAGAGAGCCUGGCACACAGCCCCUCAGCGGCCCCAGCUCCCCCAGCGGCCCCAGCCGAGACGGGAAGGGCAGCAGUAAGGGCGUGUCGAAUGUGUACCCUGCCCUCCCAGGUUCCCAGAACACAGCCAGCCAUGUGAUCGGCCAGGGAGGAAGUGGGCCCUCAGGCUCACUGCCCCCCAAAGCGGGUCCCCUGGACACCAAGCUGAAGCCCACUGAAGGCGGGCGUGCCCCGGAGGCGCUGGAGAGGCCCGUGCAUCCGCCACGGCAAGGACACCCCGGGGUCAGCGAGUCUGUAGACCAGAAACUUCCCACUGUCAGUGAAAAGCUAAACCUGUCUCCAAAGCACCCCAAACCACCCACUGUGAGAGACGGCCCCCCGCCGUGCAGACAGACAGACAAGAGCCCUAGUCCCCUGGCCGCCACCGCAGACAGGAAGUCUGAAGGGAAGAAAUGCAUGGAAGCACUUUAUGGUCCAACGGACGGCAGGAAGCUGGAGGCCAGCCUGCCCCUGGCACAGGGCGAGGCCAGGCUGAGAGGCACGGAGAGGCCGGCAGGGGCCGCGGGGAAGGGCCUGCCAGACCCCAAGGGGAGAGGGCUCAGUGCCCAGAAGCCACCACCCGAGGCAGGCAAGCCCAGCGGCAUGAAGCGGUCGCCCUCGGCCAUCGGGCAGAGUUCCUUCCGGCCCACUGCCCUCCCGGAGAAGUGUCUGAGCACCUCCUCCAGCUUUCCCGAGGCCAGGCCAGGCGCUCGCGAGGCCCCCGCGGCCAGCAGCGACCCCGCCUCGGCCAAGGCCAGCGGGGCCACGGCCGAGCCCACAGCCCCCAGCAGCAGGGACCAGAGGAAACCCCCCUCUGGGGGCAAUGGCGGGAGCCACAUGACAAAGAGCGACUCCCUGCCCUCCUUCAGGAGCUCCUCCAUCACGGUGGAGUUACAGCACCCCAACCCAACCACGGCGUGGGGUGCCGGGCCCCGGGACAGGGCCCUCUCAGUAACUGCCCCCCCAGGAGAAACCAAAGAGAGAGAGCCUGCCCCGGCCCAGCCUCAGACCAGGAAACAGAACGCGGGCAGAGAGGUGACCAAGCCGUCCCCCGCGCCCGGCACAGACCGCCCCGUCGCCCCUUCUUCCGAGAAGGACUCCGUGGUCCGGCAGAGGCGGGGGAAAGAGGGUUUGCGGAGCAGCCCUCACAAAAAGGCCUCUUAAGGGGGCAGGCCCUGGGGGACCCUCCCGGAAUGGGUCACUGAGUCCUGACUACCUUUCAAAACCAGCACUGUGGGAGCAUUGCAGGCCGAGCCUGGAGUCUUGCCGAAGGAGGGGAGAGGGAGAGAAGGUGGAAAGAAAGGGACCUUCUUCCAAAUGCCUGCCCCGUGGUCACCGGUAAAGCUGUUACCAGAUAGUGUUUGUGCAAGAAACAAUAAACACCUUCACAGCCGAGGGUUGUUGAGGAAAGGAUUUUCUCUGUAAAUAUCUGGCCAUGUGUUGGGUUUGGGAUGUAGAGUCUGUACCUUGCUGCUGAUCGUGUCAUUUAUGACAGUUUUUCUUUUAAAAAAGAAAAAAUAAGAUUUUUGCUUUACCACUUAUCGUGAUGUAGUAAUGAAGCAAAAGGUUAAAACCGAUGUAUGUGAAAGUAGAGAUCCACCCAUGUUCGUGUAUAUACACGCAUCCACCACAUGUGUUUGUCUGUGGUUUGAGAGACUGUUUCAAGACUACAUGUUCCUAAGUUAAAACACCCUAAGUAGAGGUAAAGAUGCAAGAAAGCCCUACCCACCGUAGCUUGUGAGUUUUUAUGUGCAUUUGUAACCAGAGAUGUUGAUAGGACUGUAUCUGGCUGCCCGUGUUUCCAGAUCCAAAGCAAGAAGUUCUCUAAUUGCUGCAUUUAGAACCCUCCUCCAUCAGGAAGGGCCAGACCGUGGAGGUAGCCACGUUCGUUUCACGGUCAUCCUAGUGGGCAUUUCGCGCCCGGGUCCGCCUGUCUGAAGGCCAGCCGUCCUCGUCUGUGGCUGUGUGUGUCGGGUCUUCACCCCAGGGGGAGCGGGGUCUAUAAACACACAUGAUCUUGAUGUCUGUUCUCCUGCAUUUUCUCCUGCUCAUGCUCUUAAACUCAGGCCUUUCUGCUGUGAGUCGCUAGUCUAAGAAGCACACGUUUUGUAGUCCUGCACCAGCUCUGCUCUCAGACAAAAAGGAACAUUACUGGCUGCACGCAACUCUGCCAGGACUUAGGUUGAGUUUUACUCGGUUGAGCAUCAGGCAUUGGAAGAGGUUUUAAAUUUGCUUUUGGACGGGAAAGGGGGUGGGGGUAGAUUUUGGCAUCACAGCAUAUAUAUUAAGAAUUAAUCAGGACAUCAAGAUACCUUUUAAUACAUAGCUGGGGCCUUAUGUUGUAGAUGAAGCUUGCUGUUUUUAGCAAGUUCCUGGGUUUCACAUUCAUUUCGGAUGCAUCGAGUAGCUCCAUACAUUUCAUAACAUGAUCUCUUUAUUUGUAUGCAAAAAUAAAAGACUGUUUUAAUAAAGAGCAGCAUUUUUGUAACAAAAAGACCUGUUGGAGCUAUUUUGGUGCUUGAAUGUGACUGUCCUUUUUACUUUUGCUAAGCCUUAUUUAAAUUUUGUAUACCAUGGAAUAUGUAGAAGUUGUCCAAUCAUUUUAGUGCUGAAGGGGUUUUUCUGUUUGUUUUCCAUUGCAGUUUUCCUGGUGGUUUGUAUUGUAUUGUAAGAUGUCGCUUGCUGACAUAAGUACUAAGGCACUAAGUACUAAGAGAAAAUAUACACAGAUAAGUAUUUAUAAGAUGCUUGGGAUCUAUAGCAGGAAUGUUUGCUUUGUUUUUGUAAGAGGAAAAAAAAAUUACCAAUGAAUACUAACUCAGCACCCAAGCCCCCUCGGGGAUGUCUUAGUAUCUUUAGGCUAUAAAAUUCUUCAUCUAAGCACAGCAUCAUCCUAUGGCCCUGUGGAUUGUAAAUCAUUUAUCGGGGCCGUAAACUCCACUCCAAAAACAAAGGCAUAAUUUAACUAACUUGGUUGUCCUUCACUGUAAAAUGAGUUGGCAAUGACAAAAGGAAAAAAAAAAAAAAGAGUAGGAAGUCUUCUUGCCCCUAUCUUUUCCCAUGUAGUUUUAGCCAUUCCCCAUCAGUUGUAGAAGAAACAAAUAUUUUAUAAGAACUUAAGUGGGUUUCAAAAGUGGUCUCAACAUUUAUAAUUCAUAUCUGUGUUUGUUGGUUGUCAUAACCCAAGGCUUCUGCACUCAGACAUCAAGACAGGGCUUUCGGGGAGGCAGUUCAUGGUUUACAGCCGUUGCUUCUUAACUGUCCAGUUUCCUUUAAAGCACAGCUAGGUGCUUGUUUACAAACGACAUAUCUAUGUAUAUUUUGUAUAGUAUAUUAUCAUUUUUGCCAAAUACGUUUUUGCAUUUUGGAUGAGUAAAGAGUACUAAGGUUGCGUUCACGUGAUAACUGUCUGUUGUUGGUAACCUCUCCGGUCAGCUGGUAGAAACCCUCCUGUGUUCCCUCUGGUCCAUUUCCUGUGAUUGUAAGACGUGCCCCUCAGUAGUGCUCCCAACGAUAGAUUUACCAGCUUAACGUUUGUUAGGAUCUGUGCAAUAAAGUGUUUGCAGUCUUAUUUUCUCUAAGAAA